GAUAGGGAAAGCCCAAGCCACGAUUUGCUGAUGCAGGAGUGGUGAAAUCUAUUGAGAGGGUGUUGAAAGAGGAAUGCAUGUAAAAUGAUCAAGACAAGUUGUCUUUGAUUGACAGGUGUGUGUGUGCGCUCAGGUGAGGAUGACAAUGGCUCAUGUGGGAGCAGUGGUAGCGGCGGUGACCGGGGUCUUGGCCAUCCUCCUGCACUCAUCCAUACACCGGAUAGAUGAGGGACACGUGGGCGUCUACUACAGAGGUGGAGCUCUCCUGACUUUCCCAAAUGGGCCCGGAUACCAUAUCAUGCUGCCUUUCAUCACUACCUACAGAUCUGUGCAGACGACGCUGCAGACAGAUGAGAUUAAGAAUGUGCCUUGUGGAACCAGUGGGGGGGUGAUGAUCUACUUUGACCGAAUUGAGGUUGUGAACAUGCUGGUGCCGACUGCAGUGGUGGAUAUCGUGAGGAACUACACGGCUGACUACGAUAAAACACUCAUCUUCAACAAGAUCCACCACGAGCUCAACCAGUUCUGCAGCGUCCACACACUUCAGGAGGUUUACAUUGAGCUCUUUG